AGUUGGAGUGAUAUACUCCUCUCCAUUUUAUGUGCUCUGCUCUUCAUCUUCUUCCUCUCGGUUCUCUCCAUUUUCUUUGAUUUAAAAAAUCCAACAUAUUUUACUCAGAAAAGGCAACUUAGUUGCAAAAACCUCCAAAUUUUGUUUGAGGCAGCAACAUCCAAAGAAGGAAAGCUGUAAUGAAAGAGGAGCUGAGCUUUAACACCAAGGAGGAGUGUUGGAGCUGUGGUGUUCAAGCUGCAAAAGUAGCAGCAAAUGAAAAAGAAAGCUGCACAAAAUGGAAGCAAAUGAAGAAAGAAGAGCUGCACAAGUUGCAGCAAAAUGAAAAGAUGGGAGAGCUGCACCAAAGCACGGUAGCAGCAAAGUGCAGAAAGCUAAGCUGCACAGAGGUUGCAGAGCUGCCAAGGGACCAAGCAUGCUGUAGAGCUGCCAAGGGACCAAGCAUGCUGCAGAGCUGCCAAAGGACGCAGCAAUUCCAAGAGCUCGAACCUGAAACUAUAAAGGCGCUUCAAGAUAACGUUCCAUUCUAUGCAAUUGGACCCAUUUUCCCAUCUGGAUUCACCAAGAGCAUUGUGGCUACGAACCUGUGGUCUGAGUCUGACUGCACCCAAUGGCUCGACGCAAAGCCUCAUGGCUCGGUGUUGUAUGUGUCCUUCGGGAGCUAUGCCCACGUUACCAAGAGAGACCUAGUGGAGAUGGCUAAUGGGAUUUUGCUUAGCAAAGUGAACUUCCUUUGGGUGAUUCGUCCCGACGUUGUAAGCUCUGAUGAUGUUGAUCCGUUGCCUGCCGGAUUUAAGGAGGAGGUCAGUGACCGUGGGAUGAUCAUAACUUGGUGCUGCCAGACCACGGUCCUGAGCCACCCUGCCAUUGGAGGGUUCUUGACACAUUGUGGAUGGAACUCAAUCUUGGAGAGUACAUGGUGCCAGGUACCGUUGCUGUGUUAUCCCUUACUAACUGAUCAGUUUACAAAUAGAAAACUUGUAGUUGAUGAUUGGAAGAUAGGGGUUAAUCUGAGCAAUACCAAGAUCAUCACCCAGAAGGAAGUCUUGGACAAUAUAGACCAUCUGAUGGGUGAAAACUUGGGGAAUGAAUUCAGGAUUAGGAUCAAGGAGGUCAAGAAAAUAUUGGAAAAUGCAUUAACAUCCACUGGGUCAUCAGAGAACAACUUGGAGCGUUUCAUCAAGAAACUAGAAGAGAAACUAAAAGCCAAAAAAAUAAAAGAAAAAAAAUUGCUUCAUCCCUCUAAUUUUGGUUUUUAAAAGAAAAAAGUGGCUAUUUUGUGAUGGAGAGUUGUAGAUAUGGUAGCCUUGCACAGAUUAAUAUGUUGUGUGUCCAUAAUCUGUGGCUUUCAUUUGAAUGAAUCAAAUGAGAUCCC